AUGGCUCUUCUGGGCAUCCAAAUGACACAAAUUAACUUGCAUCAUAGCAAGAGCGCCUCGGCAAUUUUAGCUAGGAGCAUGGCUAUGAUGCAAACAAGUAUUGCACUAAUCCAAGAGCCUUGGUUUGUAAACGGUGCAAUUAGAGGACUGAGUGGAUGCGGUAAUUUAUACAAAACACACUCCGAAAAAAGAAUAAGAUCUUGCAUUCUGGUUAAAGGACUAAAUGCCAUCUUUCUGCCACAGCUCAGCAGUGAGGACCUCACAGUCAUCAGGGUGAGAGUACAACUGGCCGAGAAGGAAGACAUGGAGAUACUGAUAGGGUCAGCUUACAUGCCCUUUGACUCCAGGGAUCCACCACCGCAAGAAGAGGUAAAAACCCUCGUGGCCUAUGCGGAGGACAGGGGACUAGAACUCCUGCUGGGUUGCGAUGCAAACCCCCACCAUGUCGGAUGGGAGAGCACCGAUAUUAAUCCGCGGGGGGAGAGUCUCCAUGGUUUCCUAAUGGGCACAGGACUCACCAUCCUAAAUAGAGGAACUGAGCCAACCUUUCAGGACUCAAGAAGACGGAAGGUUAUUGACAUUACGGUAAGUACGGAGAAGGUGGCGGGUCUGGUGAGAGACUGGAGGGUCUCUAAUGAACCUUCGGGAUCCGAUCACAGACAAAUACGUCUAACUCUUCAACACUCGCCACCGAUAAGCUGGGCUUGCAAUCCCAGGAAGACUAAUUGGAACGGCUUCAGGGCUUACCUCAAAGCCCGGCUUGCUGGAGCCCCAACUAGUUAUAGGUCUAAGAAUAACUUAGAAGAUGCGGCGGACUACUUAAAGAACGCCAUUGUAGAUGCCUACGAAUCAAAUUGCUUGUCGAGACCAAGAAAGCCGAUGACCAAGAUCCACUGGUGGAAUAAUGAGCUUGAGAAGCUGAGGUCAGAAACAAGAAAGGGAUUCAACAAAGCAAAAAGAACUGGCCUUGCGGCUUACUGGGAAGCUUUUAGAAGCUUUCAACGAGAAUAUAGCAAGGCAAUCACGAAAGCGAAAUGCAAAAGCUGGAGACACUUCUGCAAAGGUAUUGAGAGUACCCCGGAAGCAUCCAGACUUUGCAGAAUCCUCAGCUUAGAUCAUCGUCCUCAAUUGGGCUGUCUUAAGCUUCCAACAGGGAACAUUACUGAGAAAGGAUUGGACACUCUAAAACAUUUGAUAGAUGUCCACUUCCCAGGAUUUGACAAUUAA